AAAAACUCCGCUCAUCGCUGGAUAAUGGCUUCGUUUGGCGAGUCGAAGCGGCUUGAAUGCCGAUUCUAUGAGGAACCCUUCCCUGAACUGGAAUCGCUGGUGAUGGUUAAUGUGAGGAACAUCGCGGAGAUGGGAGCCUACGUGACUUUGCUGGAAUAUAACAACAUCGAGGGCAUGAUCUUGUUGAGUGAGCUGAGUCGGCGGCGGAUCCGAAGUAUCAACAAGUUGAUUCGCGUAAAUCGAAAUGAAGUGGUGAUGGUAUUGCGUGUUGAUAAGGAAAAGGGCUACAUCGAUUUGUCCAAGCGACGCGUUUCCGCAGAAGAUGUUGCAAAAUGUGAAGAGCGCUACAACAAAGCGAAAGCGGUGCAUCGGGUGAUGCGACACGUGGCAGACCGAUGUGGGCAGACUCUCGAGGAGCUCUACAAGAUAGUUGGUUGGCCAUUAUACAAGAAGUACGGCCAUGCUUAUGAUGCUUUUAAGCUAUGCCUGAGCGGCGAGAACGAAGAUGUCUUCGAGGCGUGUCCCAGUAUGGAUACUGAGACCAAGGCUUGUCUCACCGACUAUGUGAAGAAGAAACUCUCACCGCAGCCAAUAAAGGUCCGUGCAGACAUUGAGGUUACUUGCUUCACCUACGAAGGAAUAAAUGCGAUUCGUGAGGCAUUGUUCAAGGGUCAGGAGGCUUCAAUAGAUGACUGCCCAAUCCAAAUCAGACUUAUUGCACCACCCAUGUAUGUCAUGACAACCAUGACCCUUGAUAAGGAUCUCGGUGUUCAGACCCUCACUGCUGCAAUCGCUGCUGUUACGGACAAGAUUUUACUGAAGGGUGGGAAAAUCGACAUCAAAAUGGCACCUAAGGCCGUCUCUGCUCGAGAGGAAACAGAGCUUCAAGCUAUGAUGGACCGCCUUGCCGCAGAGAAUGCCGAGCAAGAUGGAGAUGACGAUGACGAGAAUGGUGAUUCUUAGUUAGACCUAGCUGUCAAAUAUGAUUUUUGGCAUUCGUCGUCUGCUGGGGUCAUUCAGCAGGUGACAGAGUUGAAACAACUGAUAUUGAAGCGAACUGCGGUGCCACAAGGAGCACGCCAAGGAACGCUCUCGCCUCCUCCUCGAGUGCCCCGUGCGCCAGGACAAAGUAGGUGCCUACUCGAGCGCGGCGGACAGGGGCACCGGAGUGCCAGGAUGCGUCCUCGGCAGCACCGCUUCUCGGGUAAUUGCUCGUGACCUAGAGCUGGGUCAGCUCGAGGG